GUUGAAAUGCCGAGAUUUAAAGUGGAAGGCAAAGACGAUUUAACUGAAGCACUGAAAACAAUGGGAGUCAUUGAUCUAUUCCGGGCAGAAGCUAAUCUGGCUGAUAUCAGUAAUAAACAACUAUUCGUUUCCACUGUUGCGCAUAAAGUGGUUAUCGAGGUUUGGCAUUUCAAUUAA